AUGCUCGGUUAUACGGAAAAUCUUUUGGGUGCAUGGCAACUGGUGCGUAAAACCGGACGUGCGCACACCAAACAACCGUUCCUCGGAGAGAACCAAAACUCUCAGCAGAACAAUUAUUUCGCAUUGGUCGCGAAUGUUUUCAUUGUUGAAUUCAUACCGUAUUUGACGGGUGAAAAGUCCCUUCCAACUUAUCCUGUGCGUUAG